CUCAAGACUUAGCUUCAACAUCCGUCCCAGUCCCAAAAUCUGUGGAACAUCUGCCCUGAAAGAUGAAUCUCUUCAAGGUGCUUCCUUUGCUUCUUUCGUUGGUGGCGGUGCGUUGUCAGGAUGACGAUGUGCCCGACUUCGAUGAACUGAUGACCGAGAUGGAUAGCGAUAAGGACGGCAAGGUUUCUUGGGAUGAGAUGUUUGGAGGAGAAGGGAGUGAAGAAAUGAACGAGUUGCCAGCAGACAUCAAGAAGCAAUACACAGAUGUCUACAAGGAGUGCGAUACAGACUCCGACGGCCUUAUUAGCCGAGAGGAGCUGCCCAAGUUCUUUGAGAAGAUGAAUGCCUUAGAGGACGCCGUGAGCGAGGAAGAGGGCAGCGAUGAAAUCUGAUCGCCCCGUGACCGGCAGGGUUCAUCAGUUUUGAGACUCCGAAAGAAACAUCAUGAAUGGUAUGUUUCAGAGUUGAGGAUUUCCGGAACCGCCACAUGAC